AUGAUGAGGCGCGCGGAGCCGGUCGGCGAAGCGGACUCGGAGCGGCGGCGCGGCGGCUACAAGGGCGUGCGGCGGCGUCGGUGGGGGAAGUGGGUGUCGGAGAUCCGGGUGCCCGGCACGCGGGAGCGCCUGUGGCUCGGCUCCUACGCCACGCCCGAGGCCGCCGCCGUCGCGCACGACACGGCCGUCUACUUCCUCCGCGGCGGCACCGGCACCGGCGCGGGCGUCCCAGGCGGCGGAAACGGCGGCGACGUAGCGGCGCUCAACUUCCCCGAGCGCGCGGCGGCCGCGUACGGUGCCGGCGCCGGCGCCGGGGGCCGGCUGUCGCCGCGGUCCGUGCAGCGCGUGGCGUCCGACGCGGGCAUGGCCGCCGACGCGCAGCUCGUGGCGGCGCGGGAGAGCGCGCCCGCGCCCGCGCUGGCCCACGCCCAUCGCACCGGCAUUGGCAUCAUCGGCAGCGCGCACGGCGGUGGCGUCAGCGCCCGGGCGCGCGAUCAGGAUGCUGGUGACGCGUACACCGGCCGUGCGCACGCUAGCCUUCACAGUACGGGCGCGGGAAGGGAGCAACCUGCUGUCUCCGGGGAGAUUAGCGUGGAUGACAUGGAGAUUCUGAUGUAA